GUCUAAAACUUGCAACUUGGUGCUAUGCCUUGUAUUGCCUCUGUUUCGCAUUAUAAGAUGUUCUAGUUCUUCGCUGAUUCAUAUGCAUGCUAAUGAGUCUAUAUACAUAUAUAAAACAUAUUCAUUGAUCCAUGGAUGAAUCUAGGUAGGGUCAAAACAUCUUAUAAAUAUGGAAUAGACGAAGUAUCAGAUAUGAAAGAACCACUUACAUGCCAUUGGAUAAUCUUUUAGUUGGGAUUUGAUAUUCAUUUGAAUGAGUAUAAUCUGGCAUGCACUAGUAAAGUACAAGUAUUUUAGUCUUUCUCCAAUUCCAGCUUGUGAAAUGAAAUCCUCAAAGGCGUAAUUUAAAAGAUGUCAUUUGGUGAUUGUGAAGUAUGAUAUGUUGCAGUUUUUGGAUGUUUGGGUUAUCACAUUUUGAGCAGUUUUGAUGACUUUGGCCAUGUUAAAGUUGUGGGGUCACUCCAUGUAAUAGUGGCCUGGACCUAUUUUUAGCAGCCAUAGUGGUCUGGACUUGGAAAUGGCCCGGUAUUCAUACAUGAACUUUGGUCCAUACUUUCGUAGAAGUUAAAAUACAUGUGCCUGGCAUAUUGGACACUGAUUCAGUUCUUAGGGCAAUGUUGGCUUGAUUACCUGCAAACCUCGAGCCCUUUCAGAAGAGGUAUCUAUGGUUUUAUGGCAACCAUCCACCCCACUGGCCUACUGGAUGUUGGUCUCUUUGACAAUGUUGAAUGGAACAGAACAGACGUACCUUUCACAAAACAAGAGAUACUGCCCAUUUUGAAAGAGCCAAAGGCACACCAAGCUCCAUAGGUUUGAUAGCCUCAAAGUUCAAACUUCAGUUUGGUCUUCAUUCUGUUGCCCAUCAGCCAAUAGCUCUACAGCUAACUUUAACACAGACCUUUUUUUUUCUUCCUUUAUAAUUUCCUGGGAAUUCGCUGUAGAGUUUUUUUUGACAAUAAACUUGUAGCAUACAAACACUAUUCUAACAAAGUCACACCAAGUAUUGUCUGAUAGCUGAUAGAGCUGAUGAAGUUCAGAAACCAGGCCUAAUAUUUGAUUCAGAGUGAAGUUAUAUAUGACAUUUUUGCUCAUUAAGAAACUUAGCUUAUAACAAAAGACCAGUCACAUCCUUUUAAGAGUUCAUGACAGCCUUCGUAAACAUAGAGAGUGAGGUGAUGGUGUGCGGGACUAUGAGGAAUGUACCACAUCCCCUAGGUUGAAUGAUGAAUUUUAUUUGCUGUCAAAAUUAUUUCCCUGAUACUUCCUUUUUAACUUUUAAGUGUGCACAAUAUUCUGCUACCUUUGCAACUAAUACUCUGACAAAGGGAAGACCUUGACGUCUAUAUUCAAACACCGUAAACAAAGAGAAACAGUUUUUUUUUACAAUUGUGUUUGUCUUUUUCUUAUACAUGAUUAUAUUUUGUCACAUUGUAUUUUGCAACUGAAAGACAGUAUUAAUUGAUAAACUGGGAUUAACUAAUGUUUAGGAAGGUAUACAGUUUAGGAUAAAUGGCUCUCCACAAAGGGAAGGGAUGAUUUGAUUGCCUAUGACACAAUUUUUUGAAUUUCUCAACAACCAAAUCCUACAUUAUAUGAAUUUCUAAGCAGGCAUAAUAGCUAAGAUGUUUGCAUCCAAGCAAAACAGUGUUAUAGUUUCGAGGAGUGGAACAUACUCAAAGCAAGACACUAACUGAAUCUGCAAUAUGCUUAGUUCCUUGAGAAGUGGUCACAACUUACAGGAGCCUUAUAAAUAAAAUCAUGUAGACAUUUAUUUUGAUGACGCCAUCAUACAUUCCAACACUGAGAUGCAUAAAACCGUUUACUCACUAACAAUGAGUCUACUCCGCGUGCAUCUAUUUUUAUGCAGGAAAAAACCAUUUGACUAACUAGGCGGAUCAAACCAUCAAAUCACAUCCUAGAUUACCAUGUUAUACCAUUUCUUGCAGCAAUAUUUUGGCACUUACAUCCACAUCCAUCUAAUGCAAAUGCUAACCAAGUCUACCGAGCAUCUGUGGUUGCACAUAUUAAGGCCUCCCUCGUGGAGAAGCUGGCAUGAGAUUUCUGAGGCAAAGACACUGUCACAGAAGCAAGUCCAGGAUGUACUACAAUUACCGGACUCACUGCUCCCACCCGCAGCACGUCCUCGUGCGGUGCCAGUACAGCAGCAGCUCCGGCCAUGUCUGCAACCUCUGCGGCGCCGGCUUCCGCGGCCUCGUCGGCCUCCGCUGCAGGGUCUGCGACUUCGACAUCCACGAGCCCUGCGCCGACUACUUCCAGCCGGCGAUCUCCCACGCCGCGCACCCGGCGCACGGCCUCGCCCUGGGCCGCGUCGCCACGGGCGACCGCGCCUGCGACGUGUGCGGCGAGGCGUGCCCCCGGGGGCGCCUCGCCUACCGCUGCGUGCCGUGCGGCCUCGACGUGCACCCGCUGUGCACCAUGCUCCCCGCGGCGGCGCGGAGCCCGCUGCACCCCGACCACGAGCUCGCCAUGGUGCCGGCCGCGCCGGCGCCGCCGGAGCCGGGGCGGCGCUGCCUCUGCUCCGGCUGCGGCGAGGUUUGCGGCGGAUGGUUCUACCGGUGCGGCGCCUGCGGGGUGGGCCUCCACGCCGAGUGUCUCAACGGCGCCCGCAUUAUGAAACCAAUACCCGGCAGCGGAGGCCAGAGCACCGGCGGUAGCGACGGCGGCAGCCAUAGCACUGGUGCCCUGAAGCCGAGCCGGAGUUCCCGUGUCGGCGAGUUCAUUCUCGAGGCUGCGGGCAGAGUCGCCUUCGACGCGGCGACGGACCGCCUAGCAUCGGCGGUGCUGGACCUGCUGGCGCUCGACAGUGCCGGCGGCAUCGACAGCGCGUCUUCCUUGGAAGGCUAAAGUAGUUCUAUCUCCCUCGUUCACCACUUCCGUCCUAUGAUCCUAUGCAUCGAUUUAAGCCCAGUAGAAACCACACGAUGUAUGAUGAGUACAAAGCUAUCUCCUCGUUUUCCCAUCAAAAUCCAUUGUUACUACACAUGGUGAUGGUGACGGUGCGCUCGAAUUCUUCUUCUCCAAGUCUAAAUUUCAGAUUACAUUGAAUAUGUUCUACCAUUACAUUGUAAAACUAAGCCAAUCAAGCAACAGCACCUUUCCUAUUUUACGGUGGUUUUGGUUGUAAUAUUUGCUAUGUUUAUGGCUGUGUUAUG